UUCGGUUCUUCCAGGGCCACGCAAUUUCCUACUUCCUGGUUAAAGAUGGCGGAUGAGAAUGAGACAGCACCGAAGACGGAGAACGAAGUAGGAAUAGAAGAAGACCAUGGACACUGCAGUGACUGCGAAAAUGAAGAACAUCACUUUGAUGAUGGGGAGAAAGGGGACAGUGGAGCUAAGAAGAAGAAAAAGAAACAGAGGAAGAAGAAGGACAAGUCUGGAGCCAAGGAAGUUGUGCAGGACCCCCUGGCAAAGGUGAACUCGCUCCCUGCAGAUAAACUGCAAGAGAUACAGAAAGCCAUCGAGCUCUUUUCCGUAGGCCAAGGUCCUGCCAAAACUAUGGAGGAGGCAAGUCGUCGAAGCUACCAGUUUUGGGACACGCAGCCUGUCCCCAAACUAGGGGAGGUGGUGACGUCGCAUGGCUCCAUCGAGCCAGACAAGGACCAGAUUCGAGAGGAGCCUUACAGCCUUCCUCAAGGCUUCAGCUGGGAUGCUCUAGAUCUGGGAAACCCUGCUGUGUUGAAGGAGCUCUACACCCUUUUGAAUGAGAACUACGUUGAGGAUGAUGACAACAUGUUCCGCUUUGACUACUCCCCUGACUUCCUGCUCUGGGCUCUCCGACCGCCAGGUUGGCUGCCCCAGUGGCAUUGUGGAGUGAGGGUGGACUCGAACCAGAAGCUUGUGGGCUUCAUCAGUGCCAUCCCAGCCAAUAUCCGCAUCUAUGAGAAUGAGAAGAAGAUGGUGGAGAUCAACUUCCUCUGUGUCCACAAGAAGUUGCGUGCCAAGCGUGUGGCCCCUGUGCUGAUCCGUGAGAUCACCAGAAGGGUCAACCAGCAGGGCAUGUUUCAGGCUGUCUACACCGCAGGGGUGGUUCUACCCAAACCUGUAGGAACUUGCAGGUACUGGCACCGAUCUCUAAACCCCCGGAAGCUGAUCGAAGUGAAGUUUUCGCACUUGAGCCGGAACAUGACUAUGCAACGCACCAUGAAACUGUAUCGUCUGCCAGACGCUCCCAAGAACUCCGGUCUGCGCCCCAUGACGAAAAAAGAUGUCCCUGCAGUCCACCGGCUGCUGCUGGAAUACCUGAGUCAGUUUCAUCUGGCUCCUGUCAUGAGCCCGGAUGAGGUGGAGCACUGGCUACUGCCAAAAGAGAACAUCAUUGACACCUUCGUUGUGGAGAACUCUGAGGGGAAGGUGACUGACUUCCUCAGCUUUUACACAUUGCCCUCCACCAUCAUGAACCAUCCGGUACACAGGAGUCUGAAGGCUGCCUACUCCUUCUACAACGUGCACACCACCACAACUCUGCUUGACCUGAUGGGAGAUGCGCUCAUUCUCGCCAAGUCGAAAGGGUUUGAUGUCUUCAACGCACUGGAUCUUAUGGAGAAUAAGACCUUCCUGGAGAAGCUGAAGUUUGGCAUUGGAGAUGGGAAUCUGCAGUACUAUCUGUACAAUUGGAAGUGCCCCAGCAUGGCCGCUGAGAAGGUUGGCUUGGUACUGCAGUGACCUCUCCCAUCCUGGGCCUCCACCCCCUUACUGUGACAUCCACAGUGACCACCAGAGCGACGCUACAGAUGGACUUCCUGCUUUAGGAACGAGCAGCCACCACCGCCCACUUUUACUUUUUGAACUUUGACCCCAGAACCUGCACUACUGCCGCCAGGCAGACAGUUGAAAGCUGGGGAAGGCAGGGGUGUCUCCUCUUUCCUCUCCUUUCUUUCUCUCCCUUUCUUUCUCUCUCAAAUUCUUUCCUCGUCUUGGGACUUUUCUAUUUCUCUCUCUCUUGCUAUACGCAUGGACCUGAAGCCAUUGUAAUUACCAUCAUUGGACUACGCUAACAUCUUAAGUCUGUAACGAUUGUAACACUCAGUGCACGCACACAAACACACUCACACUGUACACACACACACACACACACACACACACACACACACACACUGUUCAAGUCACCAUCAACAGCCCAUACACUUGGAUCUGAACAGUCAUGUAAUUCUGACAUAAAUGUUAUGCUACACCUAAUCUCUAACAUGCAUAAACACACAGAAAAGAAAACAUCCUCCCUAAAUAAAGGAAGAUGCUUUUGCAAAAAAAAAGGAUGGAAAAAAGAAAAACAAGGAAGUGUGAGAACUUCUUGUCAUUUUUCCUCCAAACAAGCAUUAGAGGAAAACAAUCAAGAAAACAAAACAAAAAAAAGAGCGGAAAAGAAACAAUAAGCACCAGAAAUCAGAUGAGAAAAUAAGCAUCCAAAGGGGACAUGACAAGGGCUGCUGUCAGUGGACUGCUUUAUCUUCACCUCUGUCUCAGAGCGAGGCUUGAAUCCCCCUCCCGCCCCUUUGCCUGAAUCUCAGUGUUGCCAUGGAGAUAGUGUUGUUUAAAGUUUUUAUUAUUGCUUUUUUUGCAAAUUGUGCCCAAGUAAUGAAAGAGUGUGACAGGCAAGGACAUUAGUGGACAUGCUUUCUCUCCCCCCCCCCCCCCCCCACGCUGCCAGCUACUGUAUGCCAAGCCCUGUGAAUAGUAAAUGCAAACGGCAUCAAUAAAACAGACUUGUUCAGUGAAUGCAAAUAUGGCAAACAGUCUUAAGCUGGAGGCACUUGACCACUGUCCACGGAAGUGGGCGGGAAGAACUGUGGGAAGCGUUAGGAAUAUUUGGAAUAGAGACUGCAGCUGAUGAGUUUCAGAUCGUUGGUGCUCUGGAAAAUGGAAUUCUCGUGUCAGGGAUUCAUUGGGGAUGGAGGCAUUGAUUAGGGUGGGAGGGAAGAAUUUAGCAUUUGUUUUAUAAACGGUAUAGGGUUGGGUUGGGGGGAGAGAGGUCAUUGGAUAGAAUGGUUAAAAACGGGUCCUGUGGUAUAACACAUGAUGGAGAGACAAAUGUGAAGAUGCAGGUGAUUCUUUUUUGUGCUAAAUAAAGUUUAGAAAUUGUGAG